CAACAACGACAUAGAGUAUUCGGUGAAACGCAACAGACAAAAACAUCAAAGCAAUUAUUAAAAUGGUUUUAUAACGACCCACCCAGGACGCACGCCCACGCACAAGGAAAACCCCCACAGAGAAGAGAAGAGAGCGAACUUGACAAGAUAGGCAGGUCGUCGAUAUGGCAAAGGCGAACGGUUGGUAUGCUCCAGCUGGAGCUGGAACCAGAGUGGGAGUGGCGCAGGGAAACGGUGUCACUGUAAGCGGCGCCUCAACGCAUUUGCCAAAAUAUUUACGCAGCACGGAAUUACGGCGCGUCGAGGACAAUGACAUCUACCGCCUGGCCACCAUAUUGGAUGUGAAUGCUUGCUGGCGAAAGCUGAUGUCCAUCAUUCCCAAGGGUCUCGAUGUACAAGCAGCAAGUGCGGCCGGCGCACUCAAUUAUCAUGAGAUAGCUGCCAACGGUGGGCUUAAGUACAGCGCUCAAGACAUAAGCCUGAUUGAUGGCGUUGCGGAGAGAUUGCCGCCUGAUCAAAGCAUAUCACAGGUCAUGAUAGACGAAUGGAAGACUUCGGGAAAGUUAAACGAACGACCCACAGUUGGCGUACUGCUGCAAUUGCUCGUCCAAGCAGAGCUCUACAGUGCCGCCGAUUUUGUAGCUUUGGAUUUCUUGAGUGAAUCGAAACCAGAACGACCUGCGGAUGGUCCAGCUGCACAUAUUAGUCUAGACCUAACCGAGGAUUUGGAAGAAGAUAUGGAUGUAGAUAAUGAACAACCGGGUAGCCUGGCUAGAAAUUUGGACUACUUUGACAAGCAUAUAGAGCCGCACGACAAGAGUGUGCCGCAGCCUUUAGUAAAUGAACGCCCACCGACAGCACCGACUCGAUCUUCACGUCAACUCAGAUCCAAUAUUACUGCCAAUUCCUCUAAUCAAAAUCCCAUGACAGGCACGACGACGACGAGGACAACGACAACAACAGCAACAACGACAGGAGCAACAGCUGGCUCAGCGUCAACGUCAUCAAGCAUACCCAAUGUACCCAAUUUAACAAUUCUCAAUCUUAGCGAACAAAUACAGGAAGCGCAGCAGCAUCUACAAAGUGUGCCAAACCUCUCCAUACUCAAUCCCAGCACACCUGCCGCAGUAUCGGCGACAACGGCUACCUCCAGCUCGGUGGAUGGGACCAGCAAUGGCAUUAGCUUACAAUCAACAGAUUUGCCCAGGAUAACAUUAUUAAUCGAGAACUCAGCGGAAAUUGGGUCAUCACCACCCACCACCUCAAAUGUUGCAGUAGCGAAUUUACCAGAGAUUAGCGCAUUAAAUCUAAAUACGCAAACCCAACAAGACAGUGCCAAUAGCAGCAGCAGCACCAACAGUCUGAGUAAUGAGGAGGACGACGACGAUGAUGAUGAUGAAGAGGAGGAUGAUCCAGAUGCAGAUAAUUCCCUGCCGAAUCUGAGCAACUCGGAGCAUCAGAAUUCCAACAAUGAUUCCAGCCUGACCACAGUAACGGGCACCAGUGGUGAUAACAGUUUUGAACUUACCAACGAUUCCAGCUCCGCCUCAAAUGAAGAUUACGCCAGCAACAUUCCAAAUCUAAGCGAAUUGCAGCCGUAGAGCCGAGAAAGUGCCAUUAUCUGGCCGUCCAUAAGCCAAUGUCCUUUAUCCAGACAUUCCUUUAAUCAUAUUAGCUUUAAGAUCUGGCAUUUACAUAUGGUAAAAAGAGGACCGACCUAAUACAUAUACAUAUAUAGUUUGUAUUGAGGAAAGUUUCUACAAAUAUUUCAUAGUUGUACCCAUUUUUUUUUUUGUUUUAACCAUGACAAAUGCGUUGCUCCAUGUUCAAUUAUGAUACGAAAAAAGAAAAUAAGAAAACAGUAAGCAUUGUUCUUUAGAGGAAACAAAAUAUACAAAAAUACAAAUGUAAACUACAAUAGCUAACAGUAAGAAAUGGCUUGCUGUGUCCUGCUGAGUCUACCGAUUUACAUCUUUCCACUGGUAUCGUUCCUAUACAUACUAAAAAUGUUCAAAAUGAAGCGAUCUAUGGCCCAAUUGGAAUUGAAGCUACGCCAUUCCUUGAUAGAGCUAACGCCUUUGGAGGCGGAUAUAAAAACACGGGCAAUCAAUAUCAUGACAACGACAAAAUAAAUCUUAAAUAAAAUGA